AGGGAAGUACUGUGACAGCUGUGAGCCAGGUUACACAGGGAAAUACUGUAACAGCUGUGUGACAGGUUACUGCAAGGGUGGAUGUGAUGAACAUGGAGAUAAUUGUGACAGUACAUCUUGUAAAACAACAUGCCACCCAAACUGUAAAACAAUUAAUGAUUUCACUCAAAACCACGUGCAAUGCACUGGGCCGUGUAUUAACGCUAACUAUUAUGGAAAUAUGUGCACUAUCCCUUGUCCACGUAACUGUGACAGAUGUGAGAAGACGUCAGCCAAGUGUCUCAACUGCUCCAUGGGUCUGAGAGGAGAAUUUUGUAAUGAAACGUGUCCAUCUAACUGUAAACUGUGUGGUCGCUAUGACAACACAUGUAAGGGACUCUGUCUCGACAAGAACUAUCACGGACUAAAUUGCUCUGAUCCUUGUCCCGUCGGCUGUGAGGGGUGUGAGAAGGACACCGGACUGUGUAUCGGUUGUGCUCAGGGCUUCAGCAGGAAAUACUGUGAUGAUAUUUGCUCUCCAUGUUCAGAGGACACCUGCCACCGAGCACCUUGUCAAAAACGUUCUUCCGAACACAUUUUGGUUGUUUCUUUUGGGACAUUAGCAGGAGUCCUAUGCUGUGCUGUGAUAGCCCUGAUCAUAAUGUUUCGGAUACAUCUCAAGAGGAGAAACAUAGAUGAUCCCCGCUGCACCAAUAGGUCAAGAAGAACCACUAGCGACAAUGUGACAUACUGUGAGAUAGAGGACAGCUUAGUGUCGAACCAUCAACAACGAACAACACAACAAACGAGACCAGCAUUACCUUUGAAAGAAAUCCCUUCCAAAAGAAGACCUGCUGUAUUGGGUGCAUCAGCGCUUCCUGAGGCGGAGAGUGUCUUCUGGUGUGAUUCGGUCCAGAACGAGUGUGACGCUGGUAUAAGGAUGUCUGAGCAAAUCCAACAUAUGACUGAAAAGACUGAUUCGAUCAUUUUCAUUGAAGAACAUUGUGAUCUGUCAAAUACCAGUGUCAGAUAUCUUACCACCAACAGCAAAACAUAGAGUAACCAGUGCAUGCUUGAAAUGUAAAGAUUAAAAAAGAGCCCCAUUUAAUUUUAAUGAUGAAUACAUGUGCUUUUAGUUGGUUGGUUUGUUUGUUG